AGGUCAUUGGAAAAAAAUACAAAAAUAGAUUUUCUCUUUCGCAUUUUGUUGUCUUGUUUUUGUUUGGCUGUCGCUUUCAUCAGCCCUACCGUACGUUGCAAAAGAAAUCAUUUCGAUUAUAAAAAAAAUACAGAGAGAAAUUCUUAAGUAUUGAAAAAGCAGUCAAACUGCCAACACUCGCUUGCAAGGCAAACGGAGAAACAUUCGUCUUGUAUUUCGGCAAAGUUAAAGAUUUGAGAGGAAUAUAACAACACUUGAGGUGCCAAAUAAAUUCGGCGUAGUUGGAAUAUUAUUGUUUUCUUUAAAUGUAAAAUACAAAAACCGUAAAAACUUUCUAAUAAAAAUAUUUGUUACGAAAAUGAUGAUGAAAAUACCCUCAAGCGAUUGGUCCGACCAAUUCGAGCAGUAUAUUAUAGAAGAGGAAUCAGACAAUGAUUUGGAUGAUGAGCCAGAUUUUUCCGAAUAUUUGUGGAUGGAAAAUGAGGAGGAAUUUGAUAAAACGGAACUUCAACGCCUCGAAGAUGAAGAUUUAAUGAAGGAAUGUUUGGACGCUAUGCUCGAUGAUGAGCUAGAGGAACAAAUCAAUGAAUGGGAAAAGGUGAAAAACGAUGAACUGAAUGCAGCUCUCUCCUCACUGGCUGUCAGUGAAUGGAAUGUGGCCAAUUCAUUAUUGAACCCCUUGGCCGCAGAGUUUAUACCACAGAGUCAUCUAAUUAUUGAUCUGGGAUCAUCAUAAACCCCCACCCUAUUUCGGUGACUGUUAAACGAUGGAACAAAUGUAAGAGGAAACGUAUCUUGAAUAUUUUUUCUUUAAGUAGUGAAACGAUCUCCUCAUCCUGCGUUCACUAAACUUGAAUUUAAAAACAUACUUAAAAAAUACCAAAAAAAACACAAAAAAAGAACAAAAACAAUACUUGCUGUUGCCAUGCAAUGGAUGGUAUUUCAUAUGAAAGCGUUUUCGACACCAUGGAUGAGCAUAACAUUUUCAAACAAAGAAGAAAAUGUUCAUUGUGCAUUCGUUUAAAAAAAGCUUUUCAAAUUACUAAAAAAAAACUAAAACGACAACAAGUUAAGACUUGAAUAAAAAAAAAACAAUAAAAUAAAAAAAAUCUAGCGGAAAAAUAAAAACAAAAAAAAAAAAUGCUCCAAAAAAAGUUAAAAACUUAAAACGAAAAAGAAAUUACAAUAUUUUACGCUUUCAAGCAUGGCGCCGCCCUUCGACGACUGCCUGCCAAUUUCAUUUUGUGUUUAUUUCUCCAUUAACCACCAUAUGAGAAUUUCUUAACUUUGCUGUCAUUGAAAAGAAAAGAGGCCACCGAUCUGUUGAAACAUUUGUGCAUAUAUAUUUUUUUUGUUUCUAAAAUAACUCAUACAUAUUUUUGUUUAAUAUAAAGAAAACUAUUUUUCUAUUGUGAUAUUUAUACAACAUUAAGUUAAAACAAAAAAUCCAGCUUCUCGAAGUUUUUCUUUUAUUAACUUCACAUCAACAAUUGUAAAAAAAGAAAAGAGUUUUUCUUUUAAGGAUUUCCUACUCAUGUCUUGUUUUAUAUUUAAAACUUUGCACAUCUUUUAAGAUUAGUCCUAAUUUUAAACAUGGCAGUUUUAGUUGUUUAGUUUUUUGUAUGGCUUCCAGAUUUCGUCAUUUUUUUUUUAUUUUAUUUUCAUCUCUCGCCCAUUCCUAAAUUUAGAAUGAAGCUUCUGUUAAAUUAGAUGUACUUUUCUGUUAUAUUUUUUUAAAUUGUUAUUUUGUGUAAUAUUUUAA